GAAUCAACGACUGUCAGUUUUCGUCUAGCUUCAGCCGCGAUGGAUUCUUUAUCUAUUUUUCUGUGGUCUUUAAUUAGUAUUGUGUCGCUAAUUUUCAUUUAUUUUAAGAAAAAAUACUCAUAUUGGAAAGAUCGCGGGGCGAAUUAUGUUGAACCAACAUUUCCGCUCGGAAAUUUACCUUUUCGGAAAGUACACUUUAAAGAUUUCAUCGUCGAUAUCUACCAGCAUAAAGAUGAAACACCCUUUGUGGGUGCUUACACACUAGCGAAGCCAAUUGUUAUUCCAACCAGUCUCGAUUUAAUUCAAAAUAUCUUGGUGAAAGAUUUCAGCAAUUUUCACGAACGCGGAGGAUACUACAAUGAAGUGGAUGACCCCCUGAGUGCCCACAUGUUUUCCGUGGAUGGUGAGAAAUGGAAAUUUCUACGAACGAAACUAUCCCCGACAUUCACCUCCGGCAAGAUGAAAUUCAUGUUCUCGACAGUUGUCGAGGUAGCAAAUCGAUUUAAUGCCACCCUUGCAGAGAUUGUUAAACCGACGGGGUCGGAAUUAGAGCUUCGAGAUCUUCUUGGCAGAUUCACAACAGAUGUAAUUGGUUCUUGUGCAUUUGGAAUAGAAUGCAACAGCUUGAAAGAUCCCAAUUCAGAGUUUCGCUACUAUGGAAGGAAAGUAUUCGAAGACCCUAAAUUCGGCACGGCAUUACUUUUGUUAAUUCUGCAGUAUCCGGAUUUAGCAAGGAAGUUACAUGUCAAGUUGCUACAGAAUGAUGUGAGUGAUUUCUUCCUCAAUACAGUUCGUGAAACAAUCGAUUACCGUGAAAAAAAUAAUGUGAAACGUAAUGACUUCAUGAAUUUCCUGAUCCAAAUGAAAAAUGGCCAGAGUAUAGAUGAUGAAAGCUCAAACCAGACGAGGAAAUUAACUAUGGAAGAAGUUGCUGCACAAGCAUUCCUAUUUUUUGUUGCCGGAUUUGAGACUUCGUCUACUACAAUGACCUAUGCUUUAUAUGAGCUGGCCUUGAAUCCUGAGAUUCAGAAAAGAGCCCGACAGGAAGUUAAGGAUGUUUUGGCAAAACAUGAAGGCAAAUUGACAUACGAGGCAGCCCAAGAAAUGACAUAUAUUGGCCAAAUAAUAAGUGAGACUCUUCGCAAAUAUCCACCAGUCGUAUUUCUCAGCAGGAGAGCUGCGCGAGAUUAUAAGAUACCCAACACAAAAGCAGUUAUCGAAAAAGGGAUCGAUACAAUGAUACCAGUUUAUUGUAUUCACCAUGAUCCCGAAAUAUAUCCUAACCCCGAAAUUUUUGAUCCAGAUCGCUUCACGCCAGAGCAGAUAAGAAAUCGGCACCCAAUGUCGUUCUUAGGAUUCGGUGACGGUCCUAGGAAUUGUGUAGGAUUGCGUUUUGGACGAAUGCAAUCAAAGAUUGGUUUAAUUAUUUUAUUAAACAAUUAUCGAUUUAGACCAUCACCUAAAACUGCAGUCCCAUUGAUUUUUGACCCAGAUAUAGGAAUACUCACUCCAAAAGGUGGAAUGCAUCUUGGAAUCGAGAGAAUCUAAAAAUUCGCUUGUUAUUUAUACAAAUUUCUGGGAAAACUGUUUAUUUUGUUUAGUAUGAAGUAUAUAAGAGGUAAGAAUUACUAUUUUGGAGAAUAAAAUUCAUGUUCCUUGAUUGGAAUAAACCCAAGUA